UGUCCAGCACAUAUUUUAGGGGCUUAGGGCCUUUGUUACAGGUACAUUGAGAGCUUUACAACCAGUGGCCGAUUGCCGUUCAUCUACAUUGAGAGAAAUGAAACUCCUUCAUUUACCGACAAAUAAGGUGGGGGGGACCUCAGAUUCAGAAGCCCCUCCAUCUACUUCGAAUACACUUCUCCGACAACACCACGGCAUCUACAACUGCGUGGAUGCAACCCCAGUUCCUGGAAUUAACAGAACUGAUCAGUCUCGGAGACCCGAUGUUGAUCGGAAUAAAGAUCCUCAAACCUCGACCGAUAUCAGAACUUGCUCGGAUACCACAUAUUGGAAUGUCGGGGCCGCGACGCCGAGCGGGAUUUGUGAGAGUGAUUCGACUGGCAAGGCAAGGCACUCGCCCCAGUUUACAUGCCGCAACACGGCGAGUACAGUAUCUCAUCUUCCAUUGAGACCGGCGUCUGGAUGCGUAUCCUCUGCGUCCAAUCCUUCAGAAAGUCACCGGAACAAUGAGUCGCGCAUCACUCCACUCUUCGGAACCAAAAGGGACAGGUCUGGGCGGGCCGUGUCACAAGUUAGGAACCAUGGUCACCGCGAUCACUCCUCAUUCCUCAAUCCAUCCAAUUCUAUAAACAAGGGCAGGUUGUUUACCUCUGACAGUGAACUGGAGAGUCAUUCCUCGAGCUGCGGCUGUGACACCGAUGAAGACCUCGACAGCGAGGACGAAGCCGUCGUUUGUGAAUACAGCGUCAUUGAAGAGUACAAUUUACCUGAGAAUCAUCCGUUCCAAAACCUGCGAUCUUCAAUGUUGGAGUUUUUCUCUGAGAAGAUUCAGGCCUGGAGGACCACGGCACGAUACGUCAUGCCACCGAAUGAUGGGAACCAGCUUCGCAAACGCGCCAGAGUGACAUACUGGCAGGGUCAAUCAGCCCGCUUCAGAGAGAAAGAAGAUGGGUCCGACCCCGAACUCGUUGUUAUUUCCCGCGUCGACGGCUACUGUCGUCUGGCCUGUCCUUUCUACGUCUCCAAUCCGACAAGGUACCAGCAAUGUCUGUUUCAUGACGAUCUCCACUCUAUCGAGGAAGUGAUUCGCCACCUCCAAAGGUAUCACAAACAGCCGCCGUACUGCCCGAUAUGUCGACAAACAUUCGAUGACGGUGUGGAAUGUGAAACACAUAUCCAGGCGAGGACAUGUGAGCUACGCAGCCCCGACAAGGUGGACGGUCUCACUGAGUAUGCAAUAUUCAACUUGAUGAGGAAGGACAGGAUGUACCUGAGCGAGCCCAAGCGGUGGCAGCGCAUCUGGGCUGCUGUCUCUCCCAGCGCCAGCUCUCAUCAAUCAGCGUACCUGGGAGAUGGUGUAGGCCUGGUGGUGACCAUGGUGAGAGAUUACUGGGCCCGGUACGGCAGGGAACGCAUUGCGGAGUACCUGGCGAGUUGUGGCCUGCUUGUUCGACAACAUGAGGACGAGGAGAUGGCGUUGGAGGCUCUGCAUAGGCAGACUUUGGAUGAUCUAUUGAGGAAGGUGCUGGGAAAUGACGGCGGAGUCUGAAUUUGUGUAAUAUUGGAGAAAUGUGAGGGCUUGGAAGCAGUAUGGAUCGGUGAUUUUGGGACAGAGGGCGAGCAUGCUUAAGUUGUAAAUGCAUUGAGAAUUAAGGGCCGAGGCUCGAGGGUCAUAAAUGAGCAUACCGAUCAACCAAACAGUGAUUCUAUUCUAAGUGGCCAAAAUACGCUGAUUCAAAAUGUGCCAAUAGGAUACCAAAGUGAUUUUGAGUAAAACAAGAUAGAAACAUAUAUGGCCCGGUGUACGGAGGGGCCCUUUCAAAAGUCUUAUCCAGAAGAAAAAUAACGCCAAUAAGUCAACUAAUUAUUAGAGUAGAUACCUAAGUAUACUAAGUACACUCAGUACUUCCUAAUUUCUAUUAGCCCUUAAGCAUAGCAGGUUACCUUAACGAGACUGUAACAGCUUUAUAUAUAUCGAC